CCGCCCCCGCCUUGUUGGCCAGUCUCUAUCUAUCUAACCUCGUUUUAAGCUCCUUUCUGAGCUAAUUGAUGAUAGUAAUCAGCAUCGUUAAUUUUCUAAUCCGUGUACGUCGACCGUAGGUGCAGAGUAGUUGUAGAGGUAGAGGCAGAGAGAGAGACACAGGAGCGGAGCUGUCAGUGCAUGAUAUAGGUGUUUUGAAGGCGGGAGAGAAGUGGUGUAUGUUGAGUCUUCGGAUGCUGUGAGACAGAAGAUUCUUUCGUAUCGUAUGCGAUUACAGCGUUGACAGCGGUUCCGCAACAACGGACUGCGCCAUUGUCUUUUGCACCGGUCGUUUUUGGAAGAUUUUUGGCAGUUUUUUGGGGAGUUGGACAAGGAAAUCGUAAGGGUGUAGGAAAGAAGAUGCCAGGAGAAUGGAUGGAGGUGUAGUAGAGAAGAUGGGAAGCAGUGGUAACGGAUGAUGGAGAGAGGAGGCAUUAAAUUGCGUACACUGUGCAGGACGGGCGGUUGAGCGUGAUUUGGCGGCACAGAAAUUACGCGAGGUGGCAGGGUUGGUUCGGAAGGAGUUCAGACACCGCGAGUCUGGGGAAGGGGUGGCCAGUGGGUGCUUGGUGUGAUCACAGCGGGUGGUGUCUGUCCGCACUAUAUUACAUAGUGCUGGGGCUGACUGAUCUCUGACUUUAGUGACGGGUGUUGCUGACCCACUGACGAACUCGUACUCGCUGAUGUCUGUCUGGACUCUGCAUUGGGGGAUGUCAGUCGACGGUUCGGUUGGGAUCGAGGGAGCAUAAAAUUAUCCUUGCCAGGUUGGGGCCAUCUUAAUGCUCACUUUCUUCUUCUUGUGGUUUGCAGUUAACGAAUUUGAGAUUGCCCCUGCUUUGCAACUUCAACUCGGUGGAGUGGUUUGUUUGGUUCUUCCCCUGGUGUUGGUGAGGAGUGGAGCAAUUCGCUGGCAGUCGUUAAAUUCUUGCCCUCACGUUCUAGUGUGCACGCGUCGACACUGCGAUUCGCAUAGUGCGGUGUUUGUGCGCUGCUCUCCUCACACUGUUGUUUGUUGAAUUUUGCACUGGACACAUCAUUGGUUGAUAUGUCAACCGCAAGCAGUGAUUGUUAUUCACGCUGUGGAUAGUGAUUUCAAGUGCAAGCUUGCUGUAGAAGCUAAAAUGUCUGGUUCUUUACAAGGACUCAGCAAGCGUACUGAAAUAUUUCACCAUAUUCGACGUCAUUACUCCACGUAUCUCACGACGCCGUCAUAUUUGUUAGUCUACAGGCACAUCAAAAAGAUCAAAUAUUAGAGGAGUACUUGACUAGUCAGUGUUCCUGUCCCAGUGCAUGAAAAUUGAGGACGACUGUACCAUCAUGAUCAUGAGAGUGAAGGCUGCCGAAUUCCCCUAACAGAUUCGGAUUUUCUUUUACCGAGUCUGAUUUGCACUUCGUUAAUACCGGAACUCGUUGUCUGCUUGCAUAACGCGACAACGCAACUUCAACUUAUUCCUCAAUUUACUGGAGUAAGAGUGUCUUAUUAAAUAUCAUGUGUAUCUUCCAGGGCAUGCAGAGCGAACCGAACUAGCGUUUGCCUCUAAUAUUUUUAGUGCAGGUAUUAGUCGAUCUGUUUGUUAAAAGUACUCUGAAAGUUGAGAGAACUAUUCCGCCAAGUGGAACCUUCAUGUCACGUAAGUGACUACUGCUUCAAUUUUUGGAAGCUGCAAGCCGCUUCUAUCAUGGUACUUAAAGUGAGCGAGGCUAAUGGUAGCUUUGAUAGAUACCACGGAGAUUUUGAAGGAUCGGAAGGAUUGCUACGAGCAAGCUGUCCUAGUUUCGGAGAGACUUUUGUCGGAGGCAUGGCUUUACGGUCCAAGCGGUCAGCAUUAUGUGCAGAACCUCCAACCUCCUCGUGCGGACCUUCGUUGUCAGUCGCUUCUGUGAUACCUACAUCCCCUUCGAAGUCGUCAGUUCUGAGUGCGAGCUCUGGCUGCUCUAUGCCCAUUCCCAUCGUGCUGCCGAAAAAGCAUAACUCUUUCCCUGGCAGAGGCAGUGUUCAUACAUGGAUCGAUGGAAUGAGGGCUCAAUCACCGCCUCCUAUUCGCUCACUUCCCGGGGAUACUCCUGAGUUAUUCGACCUUGAAGCUGCUAUCUAUAAAUCUUGGCUCGAAGAUCAUCCCUCAGCUUUGAGCUCGUUCGACAGAGUGAUCAAGCAGUCGCACAACAAGCAAAUCGUGGUAUUCCUUGAUUAUGACGGAACACUUUCACCCAUUGUGGAGGAUCCUGAACGGGCUUUCAUGUCAGCCGAGAUGCGAGCUACUGUCAAAGAAGUGGCGUCUUGCUUUCCAACUGCGGUGAUUAGUGGAAGAUCACGACCGAAGGUGUACGAUUUUGUGCGAUUAUCAGAAUUGUAUUAUGCUGGGAGUCAUGGCAUGGACAUUCAGGGACCAUCGAAUAUCUCUGAUGGUUUUCGGGUGAAGGGAACCAAGUCCAGAGACAAGAAGGGAAAUGAUGCAACUAACUUUCAGCCAGCCAGUGAAUUUCUGCCGCUCAUCAACAAGGUUACUACCGCUUUGAUUGAAAAUACCAAAAUGGUGAAGGGCGCGAAGGUGGAGAAUAACAAAUUUUGCGUGUCAGUGCACUUCCGACGGGUGAAAGAGGAGCUUUGGGAGGGACUUGCUGAGCGGGUAGGGAAUGUUAUGAAAGAGUUUCCAACUUUGAGUUUGACACAUGGCCGGAAGGUUUUGGAGGUUCGACCCUCUAUUGAAUGGGAUAAGGGUAAAGCUGUGGAGUUUCUGCUUAAGUCUCUUGGGUUUCAAGAUACAAAUGAUCUAAUUCCACUAUAUCUUGGAGAUGAUAAGACUGAUGAAGAUGCAUUCAAGGUAGUCAAUUCGACAAAAUACGGCUGCAGUAUUUUGGUGUCUUCUGUAGCCAAACCGACUGAAGCAAAAUUUUCUCUCCGAGAUCCAUCUGAGGUCAUGGGGUUUUUAUGCAAGCUUGUGCACUGGGAAAAGUGCAGACAGGAUCCUAACAGCAUUUACAUGGAUCGUAACUUCUCCCAGAUACCCUAAGAUUUUUCUAAUAUCUGGGUGGUUAAGCUUUGUUCCUAACCUCCCGUGUGUAUAACUACCUAUCGCAGUUACAAUAACCUUCAAACACUCCCACCAUGUGAAAGAAGACUACCUGUCAAACCACCUCAUUUCGGUCAGACCAACCCUUAUUCUGCUCAUUAUUUCUAGUUUGCCCUCUGCUAAAACAGUCGAUUCAGUUGACAUUUGAACUGAAUCCUCAGUAACCUUGAUGGUAUGUAAUCAAGAAGGAAAUAGCCUCACAGGUGUUGCCCAAGAAUCUUGGGAGAUAGGCAGUGGAGCGAAUCAUAGAUCGAAAUUAACGCGGAUAUCGAAGUGGCCAGGUCACAGGCUACGUCUGUAACAUAAAUUGAACAGUUUCUUAUGCUGGUCGGUAACAAGUUCAUGUAGAUCGAAUCAAAUCAAGCAAAGUGGAACCUGACAAUUUAGAAUGGAAUCGUCACCGAUAUUCUUAGUCCAACAUCAAGGCUUGCAAUGUCUUCUGGCGUAUCAAAUCACCGACAAGGUGAUGCCUCAAUGAAGAUCUCCGCAUCAAAGCAAGACAAUUUUGAGAAACUUUUGCUUCAAGUCAUGUAAGCCUCUGUUAGAUCUGGCAUUAAGUGCUGUUUUGACCCUCUCAAUCUGAGCUUUUUCUAGAUUUGCAGUGAACGUUCGGGUAUUUUCACUCGUUUAGAUUCUAGAGAGUUAGUUUCUGAGCUGUAAGUUCCUUGCUCCAUUUUUUGAAUACUGGCCUCUUUUUGCGAGUGCUCAGAGUACACUUUCUACAUUUUGUGUUCUUCGUUUAAGUAAAAUGGCAACAUUUUUGGCCUUGGCUUGAGUGCU